AAAUUAUUGUAUUCUACAAAAGAAAAUAUUUUAUCUUUGGCGGAAGGGUCGAUUUCGAAUAGAAUUUUUUUUUAUUAUAAAUGUUCCUGAUGUAGUUGAAUUGUGUUGUGUAAUGUGCUGAAACCGUGAGAUAACAAAAUGGGUUUAUCCGGAAAAAUCUUGUGCAUUAAGAAAUCGGAAUUUAUUCAUGAUUUGGGUAUUUAUGUGCUGAGCACUGAAAAGACCAAGGCAGCAGCAGCUCCAAGGAGUUCGAUAAGGCCCGUAUUCCAAAAAACUCUGCGAAAUUAAUUCACUUCCUUCGAAACUCAAGGAUUGAAGAAUACACGAGAACAUUCAACAUUGAUAUGAACAUAUUUUAUCGAAAUGAAUUCAAAAGGUGGAAAUCUACCUUCCGCAUCACGUAAUCCAGCGUACAAUGCCGCAGCUUUAGAAAUAAUCAAAAACGAUUUGAAGUCAUACGAGGCCGGACAUGGAAUUCCGCAGAAUUCAUCGAUUUCAAAACUAGCUAGAAAAACCAGCAUAGAGAGAGAAAUUCCACCAUCUUCUUUACAUUUGCCAAGAAACAGUCCUGCACUAGACUCUGGAGCUGGAAGUUCGCGAUCAAACAGCCCUCAUUCACAACAACAUACUGGUUCUGGACGAACACAGUUUUCACCGUCCCCGUGUCCUUCAACAUUUAGUGAUGUUCCUCCUUUACCACCACCUAGAUGUCCUUCUACACCGUCUACACCACCACCUCUUCAACACUUUCUUAAACGAAUGUCCCCUGCAUCCGUACCUACAUCACGCAAUAGUCAAUUUCAAUCGCAAAGCCCUGCCCGUGGAACAUCUCCAAUAUCGUCUAACAGUAACCUGAGGCAACCAAUUGUAGUACAAAACGGUCCUCAGGUUCAGCAGCAACUAAACCAGCAAAUGUCUGCUUAUUACAGCAGCAAUAGUACCGAGCCACCGCCGCCAUAUCCAAUAUCUCCUUUAAAUCAAACAGGACCUCCAAGUUAUAUUGUAUCUAUACAAUCUCGACAAAGUCCUACACAAACAUCGCAAGAAUUCCGCAAAAGUCCAAGUUCAGGGAUCUAUUCGAGUCCAUCUGCGGGUUCCCCUUCCCCUAUAACUAUUUCGCAAAAUGCUGUCCUUUCGAAUUCCGCAACCAAACCAACCGCGUUACCACCGGCUAGAAGUACACGUCAAACUAAUACGCAGCUUCCAAUUAUUAUGCAUUCAGUCAAAUCAACGCAAGUUCAGAAGCCAGUGUUACAAAACGCUGUAGCUCCUGUUUCACCAGCAACAGGAACUGCUUCGUCUUCGUUACAAUCAAACUCAUCACCGGCACCACCCCCUCCGUCAUACGCAACUUCUCUGCAUCAGAAAAAGCUAACUAAGAAACCUGUACAUUCUACACAUAAUGCAGUAGUUAGUAAUCGUCAAAGUUCAACCUAUCAACCAAAUCCAGUUGGAGCAAUGACUGGAAAUGUCUCAGAAACAAGAAAUCCGGUAGUACAUAGCGGUAUUGAUCCCCCUUCAUACGACACGACUAUGAUACUAAAACAAAAACAACCGGUUUCAAGAAAUUUGCAGCCACCUCCUCCAUAUUCUGAUGGUAGCAAUGUCUAUAGCUCUAGCAAUGAUAAUAAUGAUAAUAUCCACGAUGUGGACGUCGGUAACAAUACUGUACAUAAUACUAGUAAUAAUAAUCUCAACGUUUUAAACUAUACUAAUAAACAUAGUCAAUACAUUAGCCCAUUGAUAAGUAACAAUAGUAAUGUAAAAUUGCAACAUAAUAAAAAGUAUAAAACUGGUGAUAAAGUUGAAUGUGAUGACGGAAAUGUAAAAGGAAAACUAAAAUAUGAUGCUACGGCGAAUUCAGAAGCUUGUGAAUCACGGUUGGUAGGUGUUAUCAAAGCAAAUGCACGAAAUAAUAAUGAUAAAAAUGUUACUGCGCCAUCAAAUGGCGCGUCUUCUACACGUGGUAACAGCCAAGAGCUGCGCUUUGAAACGAAUGAUAAUAAAAACGACGUAAAACAAGGCUAUCGGAUUCAUCCAAAAUUGAGUUUUACGUCUAAUUCUAGUUUAGAGAAUCCUGAAAAGGCAUCGAAUAAAAAAAGUCAAAUACAAGGUGAACCGUCCAAAAAAAUCAAACACCAAUCGCCAAUCCCGGAGCGGAAGAAUAUCUCUAAAGAGAAGGAAGCCGAACGGUUUGAAUGCAAAGUAAGACAUUAUUCGCCUCAAGCUUACAAGUUUUUCAUGGAGCAACAUAUUGAAAACGUGAUGAAAUCGUAUACACAACGAAACUUUAGAAUUAAACAAUUGGAAAGUGAAAUGUCUAAGUUGGAUCUUCCAGAAGAAACUAAAAUAGAAAUGCGCAAGCUUCUUUGUCAGAAAGAAAGCAAUUAUAUUCGCCUGAAACGUGCCAAAAUGGAUAAAUCAAUGUUUGCGCGUAUCAAAACCAUCGGAGUUGGAGCAUUUGGAGAAGUUACACUAGUGAAAAAAAUUGACACUCCGAAUCAUUUGUAUGCAAUGAAAACGCUCAGAAAAUCGGACGUAUUAAAAAGAAACCAAGUUGCUCACGUAAAAGCUGAACGAGAUAUAUUGGCAGAAGCAGACAACGAAUGGGUAGUAAAACUGUACUAUAGCUUUCAGGAUAAAGAUAAUCUAUAUUUCGUAAUGGAUUAUAUACCAGGUGGUGAUUUGAUGUCGCUUUUAAUUAAAAAAGGUAUUUUCGAAGAGGAUUUGGCCAGAUUCUACGUGGCAGAAUUAACAUGUGCUAUAGAAAGUGUCCAUAAAAUGGGAUUCAUUCACAGGGACAUUAAACCGGAUAAUGUGUUGAUUGAUAGGAAAGGUCAUAUAAAACUCACUGACUUUGGCUUAUGUACAGGAUUUCGUUGGACGCACGACUCAAAAUACUAUCAGAAAAACGGAGAUCACACAAGGCAAGAUUCUAUGGAGGCAUGGAGUAAAGUUGGUUCUGAAAUACCCCCACCUCUAGAAAGGCGAAAAUUCAGGGAAAAGAAUCGUGCUAAAGCCCAUUCGAUAGUGGGCACUCCUAACUAUAUUGCUCCAGAGGUGUUAUUGAGAAGUGGCUAUACUCAACUCUGUGAUUGGUGGAGUGUUGGCGUUAUUUUGUACGAAAUGUUGGUUGGGCAACCUCCAUUUCUAGCCAACACGGCAGAAGAAACACAAAUAAAGGUGAUUAAUUGGCGUCAGACACUGAAAAUUCCAGCAGAAGCACAACUUUCACCGGAAUCACAAGAUAUUAUUCUUCGACUAUGCAAAAAUGAAGAUGAGCGGAUAGGAAGAAACGUGGAAGAAAUCAAAUCACAUAAAUUUUUUCGUACAAUCGAUUUUACAAAGGAUUUGCGAAAUCAGCCUGCUCCACAUGAACCAAAAAUCAAGUAUCCUACUGAUACUUCCAACUUUGAUCCAAUUGAUCCAGCUAAACUACACGAAUCUUCGUAUGAUGAAGGAAGUCACAGUUUUGAUGAAGUUUUUGAUAGCAGCAAACCAUUUCAUCACGGAUUCUUUGAAUUUACCUUUCGUAGAUUUUUUGAUGACGAAGGCGAUCAUAAAAUUUCCCUUGACGCUACCGAUAGUCAGACUGAAGCUAUAUAUGUAUGAGAACCAAUGCGUGCAUAACAAUGUUGUGUACUCUCUGGCGA